UUAAAGUUGGCAAAAGGAGUCACUUGAAGACAAAACUCCACUUUAACGGGCCAGAUGCUCCGCGUCUGCUUUGGACUCUCCCUUCGCCGGAAACUGAUGCUCCGCGUCGCGCCGAUUCCGUUCGCAAUGCACGAUUUCUAGGGUUUUCAUCGUUCCGCCGCCGCCGCCGCCGCGGGUCCAUGUGAGGGACGACUCCGGAGGAGCAAGCAGCGAUGUCUCGCCAGAUCACCGCCUCGCAUCUCCCCAAAUCGAAGACCCUCGACAACAAAUACAUGCUUGGAGAUGAGAUUGGGAAAGGAGCAUAUGGUCGAGUUUACAAGGGUUUGGACUUGGAGAAUGGAGACUUUGUGGCAAUUAAGCAAGUUUCAUUGGAGAACAUUGCUCAAGAGGAUCUUAACAUUAUUAUGCAAGAGAUUGAUUUACUUAAGAAUCUGAACCACAAAAACAUUGUGAAAUAUCUGGGGUCCUUGAAAACAAAGACGCAUCUCCACAUUAUUCUUGAAUACGUGGAGAAUGGAUCACUUGCAAACAUUAUCAAGCCAAACAAGUUUGGACCUUUUCCAGAAUCAUUGGUUGCUGUCUACAUUGCUCAGGUUUUGGAAGGGCUGGUUUACCUACAUGAACAGGGUGUCAUUCAUCGGGAUAUUAAGGGCGCAAAUAUUUUGACUACCAAAGAGGGACUUGUCAAACUUGCUGAUUUUGGUGUUGCAACAAAGUUAAAUGAGGCUGAUGUGAACACUCAUUCUGUCGUUGGAACACCCUAUUGGAUGGCACCUGAGGUGAUUGAAAUGUCAGGGGUUUGCGCUGCAUCCGAUAUUUGGAGUGUUGGCUGUACAGUGAUUGAACUUCUCACUUGUGUUCCACCUUACUAUGAUUUGCAACCUAUGCCAGCUCUUUUCCGGAUAGUUCAGGAUGAUCAUCCUCCAAUACCUGAUAGUCUAUCUCCUGAUAUUACUGAUUUUCUGCGCCAGUGCUUUAAGAAGGAUGCUCGACAGAGGCCUGAUGCAAAAACAUUGCUUUCUCAUCCUUGGAUACAAAAUUCUAGGCGUGCCUUGCAAUCUUCUCUUCGUCAUAGUGGAACAUUGAGAAAUAUACAGGAAGAUGAUUCAAUGGAUCCAGAAAGUGCUGAUGCAGAUAAUGAGGGUGUCAGCAGAAGUCCUGCCGCAGAGAAAGUAGAAGAUCUGGUGAAAGAAGAAUAUGUAAAGGUGGAGGUGGAUAUAGGUGGAUCUGAUAAAGAUAAUUCUCCAGAUCAUACCGUCAAACCAGAUGAUACAGAAGAUGAUCUCUUGUCAUAUCAAGUUCCCACUUUAGCCAUACUAGAAAAGUCAUCUCUACAACUUGGUUCCACAAUGGAGAAUGCUGAAAAGGAGACAGACACCUCAUGCGAACAUCUGGCUCUUGAGCACCCAGAGAAGAGUGAUCAUGAUGAAGCACUCAUUAAUGGUGAGAUUGGAUCUCCUGAAUUGAGUCGGAGAAAGAUAACAAAAGGUGGAGGAACAGGAAAUUUGAAGCAUGCCGAGAAUAGUUCAUUUGGUUUUGGUUCAAAAUCUCAAGAUAGUUUCAAAAAGGCUGCAAAGAUGCCGGUUACAAAUGAAUUGAGUAGAUUCAGUGAUACUCCGGGAGAUGCUUCCUUGGAUGAUUUAUUCCAUCCUAUUGACAAAACCAUAAAUGGUCGAGCAACUGAAGCCUCAUCUUCGUCAGCAUCCACAUCACAUGCAACUCAAGGCAAUGUGCAUUCGACUGAAGCUGGGAAAUAUGACCUCGCUACGAAAUUGAGGGCUACAAUUGUUCAAAAACAAAUGGAAAGUGAAACUGAGCAGCAAAACGGUGGCGGUAAUUUGUUACGCCUAAUGAUAGAUGCUUUGAAGGACGAUGUGAUUGAUAUUGAUGGUUUGGUUUUUGAUGAAAAGUUGCCAGGAGAACAUCUAUUUCCUUUGCAGGCUGUUGAGUUUGGGAGAUUAGUUGGAUCUUUGAGACCACAUGAAUCAGAAGAUGUGAUUGUUUCUGCCUGCCAAAAGCUUAUUGCCAUAUUUCACCAGCGUCCAGAUCAGAAACUUAUUUUUGUCAGCCAACAUGGCUUGCUUCCCUUAAUAGAAUUGCUAGAAGUUCCUAAAAAUCGUGCAAUAUGUUCGGUGCUUCAACUUAUAAAUAAGAUAAUUAGGGAUAACACUGACUUUCAGGAGAAUGCUUGUCUUGUUGGUUUGAUCCCUGUGGUAAUGAACUUCGCCAUCCCCGUCCCUGAUCGUCCCCGGGAAAUUCGCAUGGAGGCAGCUUAUUUUUUCCAACAGCUUUGUCAGUCCAGCUCCUUAACACUGCAAAUGUUCCUAGCUUGCCAGGGAAUACCUGUCCUUGUGGGCUUUCUGGAGGCCGACUAUGCUAAACACAGGGAAAUGGUUCAUCUGGCUAUUGACGGCAUGUGGCAGGUAUUUAAGCUUCAGCGCUCAACGCCACGGAAUGAAUUUUGCCGCAUCGCUGCUAAGAAUGGAAUCCUUCUGAGGCUAAUCAAUACACUAUAUAGCUUAAAUGAGGCUGCUCGCUUGGCUUCUAUAUCUGGAGGGACUGGCAUUCCAGGGGAUGGUUUAGCUAGAUGGCCACGGUCUGGUCAAUUAGAUCCUAGUCAUCCUGCUUUUCUGCAGAGCGAGGCACUGGUUUUUGCAUCCGACCAACCAGAUAAUUUUAAGGUUAGGCACGGAAUCGCUGAUCAUUCUCUGCCAGCUGGAGUGCAGGAACCUUCACGUGUUUCAAUUUCGAAUUCCCAGACCUUGGAUGCGAGUCAAUCAGAUUCCCGCCAUCUUCCCGUAGACCUAGAUAGGCUUCAAUCUAGCAGUGUAGCAAUUGACUCUUCACGAGGAGACCUCGAACUUAGACAACAGCGCAUUCCCAAUUCUGCUAAUAGGACCUCCACAGAUAAGCCUUUGAAAUUGACAGAUGGUGCAUCAAAUGGACAUUCCAGUUCGGUAACCUCUCAGCAAGAGCAAGUGCGACCUCUACUUAGCUUGUUGGAGAAGGAGCCGCCUUCCCGACGUUUUUCUGGCCAACUCGAGUAUGUUCGGCACCUAUCUGGGUUAGAGAGACACGAAAGCAUAUUGCCUUUACUCCAUGCUGCUAAUGACAAGAAGACAAAUGGAGAACUAGAUUUUGUGAUGGCUGAAUUUGCAGCAGAAGUCACUGGGCACAGAAGGGAGAAUGUGAAUGUUGACUCUACUCCUAAAGCUUCGUACAAGACAGUAAAUAAGAAGACAGGACUGCCUGGAUCUGAGGGAGCUACUUCCACAUCUGGAAUUGCAUCUCAGACUACUUCAGGUGUGCUAUCUGGUUCUGGCGUUUUGAAUGCUAGACCAGGAAGUGCAGCUUCAUCAGGGUUGCUUUCGCACGUGGUCUCAACUCUGAAUGCAGAUGUAGCCCGAGACUACCUAGAAAAGGUUGCUGACCUUCUACUUGAGUUUGCGCAAGCGGAUACAACUGUUAAAUCACACAUGUGUAGCCAGGGUUUGCUCCUCCGUCUUUUCCAGAUGUUUAACCGGAUAGAGCGCCCCAUUCUUUUGAAGAUACUGAAGUGCAUAAAUCAUCUGUCAAUGGAUCCAAAUUGCUUAGAAAGUCUCCAGCGUGCAGAGGCAAUUAAAUAUCUGAUUCCAAACCUUGAACUUAAAGACGGGCCACUUAUAUCGCAGAUACAUCACGAGGUUCUGCAUGCACUCUUCAAUUUGUGCAAGAUAAAUAAGAGGAGACAAGAGCAAGCCGCGGAAAAUGGAAUCAUUCCACACUUGAUGCAUUUUAUCGUGACAGAUUCUCCAUUGAAGCCCCAUGCGUUGCCUUUAUUGUGUGAUAUGGCUCAUGCGUCACGUAAUUCAAGGGAGCAACUAAGGGCCCAUGGGGGACUGGAUGUGUAUCUAAGCCUGCUAGAUGACGAGGUCUGGUCUGUAACAGCAUUGGAUUCCAUUGCUGUAUGCUUGGCUCAUGACAAUGACAGUCGGAGGGUGGAGCAGGCAUUGUUGAAAAAGGAAGCGGUUCAGAAAUUGGUGAAGUUUUUCCAGAGUUGUCCAGAGCAACAUUUUGUCCACAUUUUGGAGCCUUUCUUAAAAAUAAUUACCAAAUCAUCUCGGAUCAAUACAACGUUAGCUGUUAAUGGUCUGACACCUUUGCUCAUUGCAAGGCUAGACCAUCAGGAUGCUAUUGCCCGUCUAAAUCUGCUCAAGCUAAUUAAGGCUGUUUACGAGCACCACCCUCGGCCCAAGCAGUUGAUUGUGGAAAACAAUUUGCCCCAGAAACUUCAAAACCUGAUCGAGGAACGCAGAGACGGGCAGAGCUCCGGAGGUCAAGUCUUAGUUAAACAGAUGGCGACGUCCCUUCUCAAGGCGCUCCACAUCAAUACCGUCUUGUGAUCUCUUUGUUUUUUUUGGUUACUUUUUGGCUAGUUGUAUCUCUUCCUUUUGUACAUUGCCUUGCCUUAGGAGGGAUUGUAUGUAUAUGCAUGUGCUUUUUCCUUUUGCGUUUCUUUUCUUUUGGGUUGUUUUUUUCGAGUGAUUACCGGUUGCAAAGAAGACACUGCAUACCCUCAUUGAUGUUGGACGCGAAGUCCCUGAUGAUGGUGGCUAUAUUUUUGUUUGCUGGCCACCUUUUUUUUGCUCCUUUUUCUUUGCUUCUCUUUGGUUCACCAAUUUGUCAUAUAGUGUUUUCCUUUUUCUGUUAAUGCCUUGACUGAGUUCGGUAA